AGGCAUUUGUUUGCCGGUGAAAUCCAGGAGCUUCACUACUCUCUUCUCCGCCCACAAAUUCUCCGCUCUCGAAUAACAACCGCCUUUCCUCGUUCUCGUUUCUCCGCCCGUAUCCUAUUUCUCUGUUUUCUUCGGCUCAAGGAUGAGGAAAGAAGAAGAUGUCCAAAAUCAAACCAGAUAUGAGUUAGAUGAUGAGAGCAAGGAUAUAAAGCCUCAGAGUCGUGAAAUUGUGAUGAAAGACGCAGUGGUUGAGGAGGAGAUAGGAGGUUUUGACAAGCUUCCUUUUAACACACUAGCUAGAUUGAAUUGGAAGGUGCCUAAUGUUAGGUGACGAUAUGAGUUUUUGGGCUACCAACAAAUUGUGUAGAUUGGCAUCUCCUUCAAGUCUAGCUUUGGAGUGCUCUGUAGGCUCUCCUCUCUUGGUUAACCUAUUAGCCAAAAGGUGAUACCUUUUGCAAUUUCAUUGAUUCGCUACGUGGUGAAAAGUAUUUCUUGAGCAUCCUUAAUAACGGAUUGAGAGAUGCGACUAUGUGUUAUUCAAAGGGAGUUUGGUGUGUGAUGCCAAAAGGUGAACAUUCCAUAAUCAUUUGGAAUCCUUUUGUUAAGAAAACCAUUCUACUUCC